GAGGGGUGGCAUGGAAGGGUAUUUCCAUUUAUCGAAGUCGUGCAACUUUCACUUCCCAGUUUUCUGCUUCUAGAAACUUCCGAGGAACAGAACAGACAUUAUAGAGUCAGUGCUGGUGCCAGGUAGAACAUUGUCACUUCCAGCCAGCAGCCAGAGCAGCAGAAUCCAGCUCCUGAGAAAAGCAGCACCAUGGCAGAUGACAGGAACGACCUUCUCCCCAAUGAAGAGACAGCUGUAUAUGGUUCUUUAGUACAGCCACAGCGGCGUUCUUACAGCUGCGGAGCUACUGUCACUGCCUUUUCCAUCUUGGCAGCAGUGCUUCUUGCUGGCCAAGCAGUGACAACUUACUUUGUGUAUCAGCACAACAGCCAGAUUUCCAAGCUGACCAAGAAAACCCAGGAACUGCGAAUGGAAUCACUGACCAAUAAACUUGCUCAAGAUUCCGGGUCAAAUGGCAAGAUGAAGAUGACAAUGGCAAAUGCUAUGCCUAUGCUUAUGAGGGAACUGCCCAGUAACCCAGAGGAGACUGAAACCAGCCUGACUAAUAGCACUGAAGACCAGGUCAAGCGCCUGCUCCUGCUGGAAAACCCUACCAGAAAGUUUCCUGAACUGAAGGGUAGCUUCAUGGAAAAUAUGAAUCAAUUGAGGAGACAGCUGGGUUAUGAGGACUGGAAGGCCUUUGAGAUCUGGAUGCACAAAUGGCUGCUCUUCCAAAUGGCCCAAGAUGAGGCCCCUGAAGAAAAAGUGCUAACCAAGUGCCAAAAGGAAGCAAGUGUUAAGAGUGCCUAUCUAGGAAGAUUCCAUCCCCAGUGUGAUGAAAAGGGCGACUAUCUGCCUAAGCAAUGCCAUCACAGCACUGGGUAUUGCUGGUGUGUCUACAAAAAUGGCACAAUGAUUGAGGGCACCGAAACCCGUGGACCACUGAACUGCACUGGAAAGGUGGACAAUUCUGAUUUUGAGCAUGUGACACAUUCAGGGGUGGAGCUUACAUCAGUGAACCUUUAAGAAAAUGCCAAGUAAAUGAAGAAGGCAGCACCAGCCACAUAAGUGCAAGAAGCCUAGCUUAUCUUCUCCAGUUUGCUCUUUUUUAUGCCAUGCUUCUGUAUUGAUUUCUUGAAUUAUGUUAGCAGCAACCACUUCUAAAUUCCAAGGCUUAGGCAUUCUUCUUCAUGGGAGAGGAGAAAGUGGGUUAAUUAAAUAUCAUUGCCUGCUGAGCUCAGGCCCAAGUUAUAUACUUUCAGAGAGUAACCCUGCCCAACUUGGACUGCACCAGUUUGAAAGGCUUUAAGUAAGGAAGGGUAGAGGUUUCCUUUAAUAUUCAGCUCAUGCAGAGGGGAUUAUUUUUGUAGAAUAAAGCCCAUAAUAUUUUUUGUGGCUGAGCAGGCUUCAUGAAUAAGAGAACAUUAAUUGCAAGAAUCUGAAUAGGAUUGACACCAUACAGCUGAUUCUGUAUUGUAAGUUCUGUUCCCCCCGAAAUACACUAUAGAAAAUACAGGAUGUAAAAAUUGGUUUCUAAAGACUUUCUCUAAAAGUUUUAGUGUCUCUAGGUUGGAGUUGUCUCACCCUUUUCUCAUUGGACUAUUCUUGCUCUUACAUGGGUAUUAGAGAAACAUGACAGCUCCCAGAUUUCUAUGGAACCUUUCAUUAAUUGAUCUUUAUAUGAAUGGAUUUAAGAUGCCUUAUGGAAGGAAAGAGUAUGAUCUCAUGUAAAGUUUAUAUAUGGUACUAAAGGCUGUAAGUCCAGAAGAGCCAUGCCUUGUAUAUUUUCUUUUGUGGAGCUGGUAGUGCACACCCUUUAGUUUAGGACCUGCUUCAGUGGAGCAUCUGACACAGGAAUAGUGGGAUUAUAGAUGUUAGCCGUGGUAAGGAACAAGCUUGUUCUCUUUCAGCCAGAGCAGGUAUGAUAGAGAAAUCUGUAUUUAAUCACACAAGCAAAAAGCAAACAAGCAGAGUGCUGUUUCUCGCUACUGCCAAAAAGAAAGAAUAGACUCUUUGGAUGUCCAUAUACCUAAGUUUAUACCAUGCUAAUUAUGUAUUUGAAAUGUAUGACCAGUGCAUUAACAAAACUCACAAAGAUGACUUUAAUUAAACUUUUGAAAAAUAAAAAUAAUUCACUAAUGAAA